ACCCCACAAAACAGACUUCCACCAUCCCCAAACAAGUAGGCAACAAUUCCCACUUCUCUUCCUUCCUUCUUCAUUUUCCUUAUCCCCAACCAAUUUACAUGGAACACCACACCACCCACCACAAGCGCAUCAUAGCAGCAACCCCAGAUCCUAAUCCCUCCAUGGAUCCCACCCUCAAAAAGCAACCCAACAAAACAAACAUCUCUUCCAAAACUUCUCACUCAACAACACAAAAGAACCCAGAUUCCUCUACUUCAUCUAAACCCUUUUAUUAUAUGACCAAUAGUUUUUCAAGGUUGAACCUUUACCAUAACAAAGCUCGUACUUCACAAAAACACACACCGACCAAAGACAUCCAUUUGCAAGCCAAAGCCAUGACUGUUUCUGCUGAUUCUGAUUCCUCCAACUUCUUGCGCAUUAAACCAAGUAAAUUAAUGCAACCCCAACAGAGAGCUGCACCCAGAAAUGAAAAAGACAGCCGAAUAAAGGAGGAAGCUUCUAAAGAGGUAAUGAAGAAAUCAUCGAAAGGUGGGCCAUUAAAUAGUAAAAAGAAGGAAGUUCAUAAGGAGGAUGUUGAUUGUAAGGAACUGGUAUUAGUGAAAGAUAAAGAUGUGAAGAAUGUAUUAUAUGAAGGGCAUGAUGUCAAGAGAGUUUCAGUUUCGUUAGGGCGAAGGAGAUCCUUCUGUGGCUCACAGGUCGAGUUGGCAGGUGUUCUUGCAAAUUGCGGUGUGAAGGUUGUUUCAGUCGACAUGCCGCCGUUUAUGCAAAUCCAUGCGGUUGAUUUUGCAAGAAAGACUCAUGAUAGCUUAGAAAAGUUCACUGCCAAAACCCUAGCACUCACUCUCAAGAAGGAGUUUGAUGGGGUUUAUGGACCGGCGUGGCACUGUAUCGUUGGGACAAGUUUUGGGUCUUUUGUCACGCAUUCGGUUGGUGGGUUUCUGUAUUUUUCAAUGGAUCAAAAGUUGUAUAUACUGUUGUUUAAGACCACUGUACAAAAAGCAGAGUGAAGUGGAUGAGCCGUUGAAUUUACAGCAUCUCUGGUCUACUAUAGAAAAGUUUGAAAAUAUAAAGCAAGAUUGUGUUGUAUUGUCCCAUUUGUAACUUGUACAUUGGUUUGGCUCAAAGAGUAGGACAUGAAGAAAUCGACUUUCUUUUUGUUUUCCAUUUGUUUGGCAGCCAUUAGACGUUUCUUUGAUGACUAGUGGGAUUAGUUUAGAGAGAAAAAAGCUUCUUUUACUUGUUAUUUUUUUGUUUCUUAUGUUUCAGUUGAAUUAAUUUAUUGCCUGUCCCAUCCCAUCCCAUCUCAA